AUGGAUUUGGAUCAAGAGCAAAGCCCCUCUGAUACUGGAGCAGGAGGUCGACGAGCUUCCAAUGCGCAAGUUCGAAGGUCCGUGGCAGGAAAGCCUCCUGCUCGAUUCACGCAAAUAGGCGACAGUCUUCAGGAUGAAUACGGAAAGAUGGUUGACCAAAGCAAACUUGUCAUCAAGCCCUUCGAUCAAGUUGAGCUCACAGAAGAGGAAUUGAAAAUCGAACACACUCGAAUUUUGACGGCAAAGAAUCCACUCGCCCCGGACAAUCACGUUACGUAUAGCUUUACUACCCGCGAAUUCGAAGAAGGACCUGCCAUUCGCCAUGUUCAAAACCACUUUAUCAAUAAGGGUAAUCUCUUCCACCGAGAAUCCGAUGAGGGCCAGGCGAAAAUCGCAGAGGAAAUCGCCAAGGAAGAAGCUGAGGCUGAAGAAUCCGCGCGAGAGUCCCGAAUGUCAAUCAGGCCAUCUAUUGCUGGCAGUCAAGCCUCGAUGCCCCCUCGACGCUCGACAGUAAGAGAAUCGAUUGCAGCUGCUCCAUCAAACAUCGAAGCCCUGGCUAACAAGCCAAAGAAGCCCGCGAAAAACCAGUUCAACUACCAGGAGCGCGAUGCUCAAUCAGGAUUUUUAAUGCUCCGAAAUAAGCUCUCUCAAACCGAUCCACCACCACGAGUCGACAUUUCCGACACUGUUUCUCCUUCCGUCAUUUAUGAUGUCUAUCAAGAGCAUUUGAAGAAACUGGCUGCCGAAAAGGCCGCCGCUGCCAAAAAGCCUGUCAAGCAAGUCAAUAAGAAAGAGCCUGUCAAGAAAGAAGUUGUUGUUGAACAUGUCAAAAAAGAUCUUAGUGACGUUACCGCCAGAAAAGUCGAGCGAAUGCUUAAUCAAAAUACACACGAUCAACUUGCUGAUGAUUUCAAGUACUUCGACGAUCCAAAUGAUAGCGAGCGAACGGAAGGUUCACUCCUUCCUUUGUGGAGAUUCCAAUACGAGAAAACAAAACGAAUGGCUGUUACUUGCAUGGCCUGGUGCCCUGGUACUGACCACGACGAUGCAUUUGUUGUUGGUUAUGGCUCUUUUGAUUAUGCCAAGCAAGGAAAAGGAUAUCUUGUAUAUUUCAGUAUGAAGAACCCAAGCUACCCCGAAGGAACCGUUCCCAGUCCCUCAGGCAUCAUGUGCCUGUCAGUCAAUCCUAAAAAGGGAAAUCUCGUUGCAUGCGGUCUUUACGAUGGCUCGGUCGCUCUUUUCGACUACAAAGAGAAGAACGCUGACCCUCUCAUCCAGACUGUCUCUGUCAAGCGACAUGGCGAACCUGUGUGGGACAUCAAAUGGAUGACUCAAGAUGAAAGCGGUCGAGGUCGAUUCUGCUCAAUUUCCACGGACGGAAAACUCCGAUGCUGGACACAGGUCAAAAAUGAGCUUGUUGGCACGUCGAUGCUCGAAUUCAACGAACAGGGCUCUGGAAUGUGUAUUGACUUCCACCCUAAAAAUCCAAAAAUCUAUCUCUGUGGUACUGAGGAGGGUAUGGUCCACAAGUGUACUACGGAGUACUCGUCCAAGUACUUGUACUCCUCCGAGGCCCACGCUGGUGGUGUGAUGGUCAUCAAGUGGAACCCAUUCCAUGAAGAUGUCUACGCCACUUGUGGCCAGGACUGGACGCUCAAGCUCUGGAAUCAGGUUCGACCCGAGCUCUGUCUAAUGAGCUUCGACCUUGGCGCGUCCGUCAACGAUUUGGACUGGGCGCCCUACAGCUCCACCGUCAUCGCCGCCAUCACCGAGGGUGAUAACGCUCGUGCCUUUGUCUACGAUCUCUCGCAGAACAAGUACAACCCUCUCUGUUACCAAGGCGUCAGUACCAAGAAGAAAACCAGACUUACACGAGUUCUUUUCAAUAAAUCUCACAGAAUCCUCCUCAUUUCGAAUGACAGGGGCUCCUGCACUUCCUUCAAACUCAGUCCUAACCUCCGAAAAGUGCCUGUCAAAAGCAAGAAAGAUCCUACUCCUCUCCCAGUUGACCCAGCCAAGGAGCGCGAGAAGAUUGGAAAGGUUGCUCUUAGUAUGAUGGACGGAUACUAA